AUGAUCGGUUACCAGAGACAGCAUGGAAGGAGAAGCGGCGAUUGUCGCGCUCCUGAGAGCCGCGCGAGCAACGCGUGCAGUCUGGGAGCAGUCUUACCUUCACCUAGACCUUUCUUCCAGCGAGAAAGAGGGGAUCCAGAUAUAAAAGGUCUCUUCGUGGUAGCAAUGGCAUCAGACACCACAUUUCACUUACCCACAAGGCCAACAGUCGUGGUCAUCUGCGGACUCGUCGUCCUGGGCGAGUCGAGCAGGGAGGUCCAGUCUUCGAGGUCGGAGGUGCGACCCAGGUUCCGGGGAACCAAAGACAAGCGAGGGAUCGCGGACUACUCUUCAGGGGGUGGCUACUCUUCGGGAGGAUCUUCCUACUCGCAGCUCCAGUCAGCUCCAGUGAGUUCCGGCUACACCCUGGGAGGUUCUCAUGGAGGGCUGUCCCUGGGGUACUCCGGACUUCAAGGAUUUGGAGGGUUUGGCGGAGGUUCCCUCAACCUGGGGCACGCGUCGUAUUCCGCCCCGGUGUCCGGGGGUGGGUUCGGGUCUGGCUUAGGUCACGGUUUGAGUUUCGGAUCCGGUCUGAGUCAAGGAUACUCUCUGGGAGGUCACGGAGGUGCAUCCACCUACUCCUUGCCGUCCUUCGCGGCGUACAGUGUGAGUGGAGGUCACGGGGGUGGGUACGGAGGUGGAAAUCUCCUGACCCAGGGGACCACCAAAACGGGGCCGGUGACUUUCGGUAUCCAGGGUGGAGGUACCAGCGUUGGUCACGGGGUGCAAGGUCUAUCAGCCUAUGGUGGCGGAGGAUCCGGAGGGUAUAGCGUCCCGGUGGUAUUGGGCUCAUCCCAUGGGUCUUCCUAUGCAGCUCCAGCUGGAGUUUCCGGGUCCCAUGGCUCGGCAUUGAGCUCCCUGUCCUCUGGCUCCUACAGCAUCCCUGUGUCUUCGAGCUCGUCCCAUCCCGGGAGUCUGGUGAUCUCCGCUCAUCAGGGUGGGUCCUCUUCCGGCUACAGCAUCCCGGUCUCCAGCGGAUCCUCUCAUGGGGCGGGAAUUUCUUCAGGAUCGCACGGCUCCUCCGCCUACUCCAUCCCAGCCUCUUCAGGAGUUUCCUACAGCUCUCCGACAUCCCACGUGGGUCUGUCCAGCGGGUCCGCGGACAGCAGCAGCUACCAUCUCCCUAUCUCUUCGGCUUCCUACCCGGCAUCCGACUCCAGUUCGUACCCCUCGUACGCGGCUUCUUCGGAGGGCAACUCGUACUCCUCUUCUGGGAGCUCCGGCUACUCAAGCCCCAGCUCCAGCUACUCCAGCCCCUCUGUGACCUACUCGGCUCCCAACUCUGGCUACUCUGGUCAUAGUUCUAACUAUGCCAGCUCCGGUUCCAGUUAUUCCAGUCCCAGCGUCAGCUAUUCCAGCCCCACCGCCAGCCAUUCUAGCCCUAGUGCCAGCUACUCCAGCCCUAGCUCUUCCAGCUACUCUUCGGCGUACUCCAGCCCCUCCACGUCCUACGGAACCCCUGCGGACUCCCAUGGUUCCUAUUCCGCUAUCAGCCCCAGGUACCUCGGCUACUCUGGGAAGAGUUUUGACUCCAGCGAUUCCGAUGGAUCCAAUUACGACACCAUCUCCUACUCCAGCCCCAAUGGAAAGUAUUAA